AACCCUUUGCAAGGCCUCAGAAUCUGCAGUCAGUGCUGCAGAGAGCAGCAGAGGGGGUGGUCCUUGAUUGCUGGAAGAGUCACAGAUUGAGAGAGAAAGAGAGAGAGAGAGAGAGAGAGAGCGAGUGAAGGCAGAGUCUCCACCCGCUUCCAAGAGAAGCAAACCGUUACUUCAUGUGCUGUGCCUGUACUGGAGUGAGCAGUUUUCUCGCAUGUAUAUCUGUGCGCACAGAGCAACAACCCACCCUGACUGCUGGCUCUCCAUGUACAUGGCCAAGGUGCCACAGUCCUCACGGCAGGCUGGCAUGAGCGCCAACCAGGCAGCAUGAAGAGCGGGCACCAGCGGUCGGGCUGCGCGUGCCAAUAUUUGUUCCGCAAGAUCCUGGCAAAGUGCGGAUGUUGUUACAGAGUACGAGAGUCGUACUCGGUGACGGGCAGCGAGGGCAGCAUCUCCACCUCCGUGGCCUCCAUCCAGCCGCAGCCAUCCACCAGCUCGGCGCCCAGCUCGCCCAGCUCCAAGCGCUCGGUGAGCACGCUGAAGAAGUGGCUGACUAGCCCAGUCCGCAAACUCAGCAGCAGCAAGGUCAACAGGCGGGUGAAGAAGCUGGAGAGUAAACCCAAGAAAGCGGAGCGCAGGAAGAGCAUCGACUUGGGGAUCGUCAACAAAGGCAGUGAAGCUCAGGAGGUGAAGGGAUGGAAGGAUGGGCCAGCCAGUCGCAGGUCAUCCAGAGAUGAACGGAUAACAGAAGUAAUUCCAGAGGCGCCUCCGGUUGCUCCUGAAGCCCCGAAGAAAGAGGUAGAAGAACAGGAUACUGCAGUGCAGUCUCCAGUCUCCCACCUCUCCGAUCAGGAUGGGGCAGUGGCCCAUCCCCCCAAUGGAUUCCCACGCCAAUCAAUCACCAAUACCAAUACCAACACCUCAGUCAAUACCGAGGAAGAAAAGAGGAAUGCCUUAGAAAAGAGUAUGUACGUACUUCAAGAACUUGUAGAAACAGAAAAAUUAUAUGUGGCCGACCUGGGUUUUAUAGUGGAGGGAUAUAUUGCAACAAUGAAUGAAAAAGGAGUGCCCGAGGAUAUGAAAGGCAAAGACAAAAUAGUUUUCGGGAACAUUCACCAGAUCUAUGAAUGGCACAAAAACUAUUUCUUAGGCGAGCUGGAGAAAUGCCUAGAGGAACCAGAGCGACUGGCAGUGCUCUUCAUAAAACAUGAAAGACGGUUACACAUGUACGUGGUUUAUUGCCAGAAUAAACCUAAAUCAGAGCAUAUCGUCUCCGAGUACAUCGACACCUACUUUGAAGAGUUGAAGCAGCAGCUGGGCCACAGGCUUCAGUUGAAUGACUUACUUAUCAAACCCGUUCAGAGAAUCAUGAAGUACCAGCUUCUUCUGAAGGAUCUCCUGAAGUAUUCAAAGAAGGCUGAGCUGGACACCACUCAGUUAGAGAAAGCUGUGGAGGUGAUGUGCUUUGUACCCAGGCGCUGCAACGAUAUGAUGAAUGUGGGUCGCUUACAAGGCUUCGAGGGCAAGAUCACAGCUCAGGGAAAACUCCUUCAACAGGACACCUUCCACGUGAUCGAACAAGAUGCCAGCUUUCUGUCCCGCAGCAAGGAGCGGCGAGUUUUCCUCUUCGAGCAGAUCGUGAUCUUCAGUGAGCCACUGGAUAAGAAGAAGGGAUUUUCACUGCCAGGUUAUCUCUUCAAGAACAGUAUUAAGGUUAGCUGCCUAGGCCUUGAAGAAUCUGUGGAUAAUGACCCCUGUAAAUUUGCCUUGACCUCACGUGGGACAGACGGGAAUAUGGUGCGAUAUGUCCUACAAGUCACGAAUCCUGAAAUCCGGCAGGCCUGGGUUUCGAAUGUUAGUCAAAUCCUGGAGUCGCAGCGGAACUUUUUGAACGCUCUGCAAUCUCCCAUUGAGUAUCAGCGGAGGGAGAAUAAGUCCAACAGCUUGGGCAGACCCCGUGACACCAGGACAGCACUGUCCAUCUCAGCCGGCAUGAGGCCCCACUCUUCAGCGUCCAUGGAUAGAAACCAGUUUCCCUCCAUGAAGGCCUACAACACGUCACUGCCAGCUUUGUUCCUGCCCCCCUGUCGGACUGGCAGCACCAGCUUGGAAACACAUCAGCCACAAAGCCAAGACAAGCACGCCAGGGAUGGAAAUUCUAACAAGACUGAUGGCCACAGCCACAACUCAGAGGACAAGCACAGGAGCCAAGACAAGCUGGAUGAAAGCAACCUAUAAAAUCGCUGCUUUGUUGUGUUUUGUUUUUGCUUAAAGGAACUUAGGUUCUGGAGCUUAUACACCAGGGGUUCAAGUAGCCACUACCGGUUCUUAGUCCAUGAACUAAUUCUCAGAGCGUGUCGGUUAAGAUUUGACGUGUUGGCAGAUUGUAUCAACUGGGUUUGUUUCAACUAUCGACAGUGUUCUGUAGCACACUAGUUAUGUGUGAUAAUAGACACAUUCUCCUCGAAAGUCAAAGGCAUUGUGCUGUCAUGAGGUUCAUAUCAUUCAUGCUUCUGGGUACAGUUUUCACAUUGGUUUGUAGGUACAUCAUGACUCAGUGGUGGCAAGUCAAAUGAACUCUCCCUUUGUUAGACUAAAGGCAAUUGUUAUCAUUGAUAGAUAAGGCUUUUCCUCUCAGAUAAAAUCAAUUGUAUGUGAUUUCCAAAUGAAAUUCAGCUACCUUCAGUGGCCAGUGAGAGAUCCCUGUUCAGUAAGAGAGGAGAAUUACCUGCACUCUCUAUGUUAAGCUUCACCCAUGAAGUAGGUCACCCCUACGUUUGUAAUGUUACUUUCAAAACGUGUCUGAUCCACUCCACCGCAAUCACUGAGACACCAAAGUGCUGUUUUCAUUCAUCUUCUUCACAGUCCUGAGUCCUGCCAGCUAACCCAAGCUCAACUCCCCAUCAUCAAACAGCUGGUAAUGUGAACCCCAGUAGCUACUGAAACAUCUGGAGGCCGAGGCCAAAGUUUCAGAAUAUCCAAUCCUCCUGUCUCCGCAGGACUUGUGCCCAGCUUUUAGCACACCGCACAAUGCUUUUGAAUUUUAUCGCUGGUGUCUGAGCACUCAACGUAAGCCCUGUUGCCCUCUUCAACUGGAGAAUGGGAAAGCAGGAGGGUAACUCCAAGAUUAUCCUUAUCCAAAAUACAAAUCAAAGCAUAGUCGGCCUUCUGCAGUGAAGACCAUUGCACUCCACUUGGAAUUAACUGCAACAGAAGCAAAAAAACUGCCAAGGUACAGUUAGUGAAAGGUCCAGUGACUGCAAUGUUUUGAGGGAUGUCCUGGUGGUCUGCCUCUGGCCCACAAGCUUGCGCUAGAAGUCGGGGAAACAGCCUGCGAGCUUCUCUGCAACUUUCAAGUUCCCGCACCGCAUCCAUGGGCAUGUGCUUCAAGCUGGGCUCACUCGAAUGGCUCCUUGCCCCAACUAAUCAGGCGUGCAGAAUCCGUCGCACCUCAGCUGCUUUGCGGCAGUUCAUUGGUUCCCACUCCUGGUCAGCAUUAGCGCAGUAUCAAGGUGGUAAGUGGAUUAAAAAUAAGAACCACCUUGUCUUGGCUGAAGGCAAGAAAGAAAUGGAUCCAGGCUCCCCUGAACCCUGUGGUUAAUGUGUAAAUGCUCAAUUGGAAUAUGCUCCAAGGGACACUCUAAAUCUGAGCUGGUACGAUUGCAUCCAUCAUUUGGUGUUAAUCCUUGAAAAUAUGCUUGCUUACAUUCCAACACUUGAUCAUGCACUCUUUCUAACCUGGUCUCAGCCAUCCAGUCCCUUGCCUUCUUGAGCUCCUGCCACUGGAAUGGGUUUGUUCUAUAAGUAGAAUAAUAAUUAACUUACCCAGUUAGAGACCUCGUCAGAGGAUUCGGAUGUGCCAGGUUAUGGUACAUCCGUCCUCCCUGGUAUGUGUCAUAUGCUUGAUAUGUGCGAUCUCUCGUUUAAUUUGUCCUGUGUGAGAGCAAGCUUCAUGAUUUCCUGAUCUGCUCAGAGCAUAGAAAUCGUUCACGGGAUAUGUGCAAAUUGGACAGCCUGCCAGAGGGAUUCGAAAUAUAUUUAUUGUAUAUACGAAGCCUGCUUUUUGUAUCAGCAGGGAAUUAAACGCCCUCUUCUGAAAAUGCUGCUCUGUGCUGGUGUGGGUUUUACACGGUGCCGAGAGGGAUUCCUGACCCAAGUAUCCUUAGUUAGCCUGGGAUUCAGCAGCGCUCCAUUCCUAAAUUGAUAUCGACCCAUGCUCAUUUUCCAGUGGGAAUCAUGGAAGUCAGGUCAGGAGCAAGAUCUGGGAAUGUCUUAUCUACGUGUAACAGCCUUUUACCUUUAAUCAGGCAACUCCAAGCAGCCUGGGGCUUAAAGCAGACGGCUGUGUACCACCACAGCACACUGCCUGGUGCAUUUAGCUCACAGGUCAUUGAAAGGUAUCUUGCUACCCUGUGGCAAGAUACCUUUACUUUAAAAGAUCCAUAAUUCAGUAUAUUGGUUGAGCCACGUGGGGAACUGUACCAUCUUCUACAUUCAACAGCAAAAGAAUAAUGCUCAGCGAUGAGAGAUCCACUCAUUGGCACAAAAUGAAGGACUCCAAUCUUUACGGGAAGAAGAUUAAGCUCUCAAUUUUUUUCCCAAUCUUACAGACAAGCAAAAAUCAGAAAGUGCUGGAAACACUCAGCAGGUCAGGCAGCAUCUGUGGAGGGAGAAAAGGAGAAACAGUUAAUGUUUCAAGUCCGGGAUCCUUCGUCAGUUCUGUUGAAAGGUCCCAGACCUGAAACAUUAACUCUGUUUCUCUCUCCACAGACGCUCAUUUUCUGUUUUUAUUUCAGAUUUCCAGCAUCUGCAGGUGUUUACGCUUUUCACUUACUGACAAGCAGAUGUCACCAGAUUGCUGUGGUGUAGAUCCCAACCUCCAGCUCUCUGACAACUCCCUGCUUAUUGUGCAACGUUGCAGAAUGAGCACAAAAGCAUCUCCUCUACAUUCGUGGCCACAUGCCAGGUUUUAGAUGUGGGGGAAACCCACGCAGAAUGUGCAAACUCCACGCAGUCAGCACCGGAGGUCAGGAUUGAACCCGGGGCUCUGGAGCUCUGAGGCAGAGGCUCUACCCGCUGAGCCACAGUACUACCCCACAAGCAAUAUGACAGUUUUACAGUUAAAUAGCGAUUUAAAUAAAUUAACUGGAGGUGGGCAAAAUAUUUAGAUGUGACAUGGCUUUGGAAAAUAAGACAGAAUUGAAACAGUCUCAUCAGUCUACGGAAACAGCACUACUUUGGUACACUGGGAAGAGAAACGGGUUAUUCAAGACCUCUGCCGUCCAAAUAAAUCAUGUCGGACUCUCACCCCUUCUCCAACUGAGGAACAGGCAAGAAAGUGGAGCUGAAGUCAAGAUCGGAUCUGCUCCGAUCGUCUUCAAUGAUGGUGCAGGCUUGAGGGGCUGAAUGGCCUACUCUUGCCCUUAUUUCCUUUUACCCAUUUGGCGCCCAUCAUCCACAGCCAUUUGGGGAAGAAAUCUCCACGUCUACAGCCCUUGGUGUAAAAAAAAGUGUUUCUCGAUUUUGCCCUUGGUGGUAUUUUUAAGACUAUCUUCCUAUGAUCUGUUUUUUAACUUCAGAGGAAUCAUUUCUCUGGAUAUUUCCUAUUUUAGCAUUUUAAACACCUUGAUCAGGUCUCCACUGAACCCUUCUGAACACAAGAGAAUGUAAGCCAAGUUCGUGUGGCCUAUCUUCCUACCUUAACGCACUCAAGAUUAGGAGAUCCAGAGAGUUCCUCUGAUGGUUCUGCUGGUAACAGCACUGAACUGAAUCCCAGAGGGAACUUUCCUCCUGAGUUCUAGCUCUUGAGGUUACAGUUAGUGUGUUCAAGCAAUUAGCCUCAGCUGUGAUGGAUAUUGGAUGACUAUAGUUGGCCUAGCAGAAAAAUAUUCGGGUUUUUGAUCAAUAAUGACCAGACCGGUAGGGUUGGGUUUACCGAGGGAAGGUUCGACAAAAGCCCACUGAGCCUUCAGGAUGGUCAGUGACUCACCACCACCCUCCCAGCACAAGGCAGGGAGACAUGACGGGCUUAAAAAGGGAAUAAAGGGGGGGGAUUAGGUCAGUGGAAUGUAUGAUUCCAAUUACCAAUAUAUCUUCUGUCAGUUUGUCAUUGCGUUUCCACAGAGUUCACUGCUGAGCAUUUUUCUGUGUAUUAUAUUCCUGUACAUGCAUGUUUUAAUAAAAUAUUGUCUUUUAAAGAAAUGUUGAG